AAUAAUAAAUAAUUUCCAGAUGAAGUGACUUAGUAGUGUUUUUUUAUAAUACUUUAAUGUGGUAUUAGGACAAUUUGGAAUAGAUUCAGAAUGUUAACGAAGAACAGAAGUUAAGUUCCAAGUGAAAUAAUUUGCGAUGCAGAACAACAGAAUAAAUACCAUAUUGUUCAUUUUAACAUUCAAUGACAUAUUUCACUAAUAUUGAAUCAACAAAUUAAUCUUCGAAGGAAAACAUCAGUCAAGAUUGUAAAAAUGCAUUUCAAUAAUAUCAUCAAAAAUGGGAGGUAUACACAGUUCGUGGCUGCCAAUGCAGUGAAUAUUUUAACAAUAUCAGCGGGUGCAUCAAUGGCCUGGACUUCGCCAGUAUUAGCAAAACUAGCAAAAGAUAAAAGUUACAGCCCAUUUCCACGGCACAUCACCAGCCCCGAGGCAAUGUGGAUGGGCGCGCUGGUAUCUCUGGGUACUGCUGUAGGGCCGUUCAUAUGUGCAUUUUCAACGAACAAGAUCGGCAUGAAGCAGACGCUGCUGUGGUCAGCUCUGCCCAGCCUGGUCGGCUGGAUCCUGACGGCUUCGGCCACGACCAUAAUGCAACUCCUGGUCGCCAGGUUCAUUUUAGGUAUAGCUUGUAGUGUCGUCUUUUCAGUAGCUCCAUCUUAUGUUUCAGAAAUCGCAGAUAACACUUUUCGGGAUUGUUGUGGUAAGCUUUUGGUAAACUUUUGGUUCGAUGACCAGGUCAAGCUACAAAAGCUUUUGGCGAUUGACCAACUAUUGACUAGGACAAAUAAUGGUCCGAUGAUGACAGGUCUGGAGGAUGUGAUAAAUGUAGAAUUGGGUCUCAUUAAAGCUGUAAAAGCUUUGGUGAAUGACCAAACUUUUGGGAGGUCUUGCGUCGUCUUGAUGCAUUGCUAUACCUUGCUUGUGGGUAAGCUAGAUAAAGCAAAAGCAUCAUUAGUUCGCUUAAGAGAUAGAUCUGCAGAUGAAAUAGAUAAAGAAGUUAAGCAAAUACAGGCAGAUGUAGAAGCAGCCAAGGAUGGCUCAUAUCGUGAGCUCUUAUGCAGUGGUACCCAAAAAUUGCCUUUAUUUUUGGGAAUAGGAUUGGCCGUCUUCUUUCAAUUAUCAGGAGUUACUGCCGUACUAAUUUACGCCGAAUCCUUGUUCGAACAAACGGCAUCAAGUCUUUCGCCGGAUGUCAUGGCCAUGAUAAUGGGAGCGAUUCAAACAUUUGCUGCACUCAUUACUCCUUUUAUUUUUGAUAGAUGCGGCAGAAAGUCUUUGUUAAUAUUUUCAGGCGCCGGGAUGACCAUUGCAAUGGGGACCUUUGGUGCGUAUUUUUAUAUAAUUGAAAACAAUUUGAUGAAUGCUGAUUCUUUGACUUCGAUACCAAUGGGAUGUAUAGCCGCUUUUAUUUUUACAAACUCUAUUGGUUUCGGUGGCGCUAUAUGGGUGGUUAUAAGCGAAAUCUUUCCUGGACAUCUUCGGGCUCAUGCAUCCGCUAUCUGCACGUCCAUCUGUUUCGUCACCGCCUUCGUGAUCGCUCUCACUUUUGAUGACUUGCAAGCUCUCUUGAAAAAUUCAGGAACUUUUGGACUAUAUGCAUUUUUCUGCGCUCUUUCCGUCAUAUUUGUGGCAGUUUUCUUACCGGAGACCAGAGGUAAGACUUUGAAGAAAUUUCAAAAGAAGCUUAAAACAAAAUUCAAGUCGAACGUUGUUGAUGUUGGACACGACAAUCCUGCCAUGGAGCGACAUUAG